AAGCCUCGGGAGUGUCCAAGACCGAACUAUGUCAGACAUGUGACCGUCAGACGCAGCCAUUUCUUCACACAGUGCCUUAUAUAAUUUUGUGUGAAUUGGUGACCAAUGAUAAAAAAAAAUCCAAUUUGGAAAAUAUUUUUGAAAUCAUUAUUGUCUUAAGUUUAAGAGAUGAUUGUGUAAGACGUCGUUAAUUGGACUUUUGAAAUACAGACUUUUUAGUUUGGUACGGUACGUUUUGCGGACCCCGAGUGAUGUCAAGUUGGUUGUCAUGACGAUGUGGCUACACUCGCAUGGUGCCAGCGGCUCGGACUACUUUCUGCGAACAUUCCUACAAUGUGUGCUUGUAGCUGCGAGUGUGCUUUCUGUUGCCAGAGGUGCCAUCGAAUGGGUCCAACAGCCGACAGAUCGGAACAUUACGAUUGGUGGAGAUGUGACGUUUCCGUGUGAGAUUAGAUACAGGAACCAGGCAGCCACAUUGUUAAUGUGGACUAAAGGUGGUGCUGUAAUAUUCGCCAAUGGCAAUGCCAGCGGCAGCCAGGUUCCUAGUCGAUAUUCCGUCGACUUUACGGAAUCGGGUCGAAACAAUCUACACAUUUCAAAUGUGCAGUUGGAGGAUGAUUCCUACUAUAAUUGUCAGAUUUUCUCAUUUGACACUAUACAAGUGAAAUUAAAUGUAAAUGUGCCUCCUAAUCCGCCCACAUUUAGCAUCAAUUCGACAGAGCCAUUCGUCGAGAAUUCUGUGAUAUUAUUGACUUGCUCAUCGAGCGGCGGUAAGCCGACACCCACAAUCCAGUGGUUGCGAAAUGGACAACCCGUGAAUAGUGCUAUAGUCACAUUGCCCAGUGAACCUAUGGGUGUGAUAUCUAGUCGAUUGACAGUGAACUUGACACGAAGUGAUCAUCGUGCUAAUUAUUCCUGUGUAGUUUUUAAUGCGGCCAAUCAAAAUAAUCCACAUGUUAGUCCGAAAAUUUUAAAUGUGCAAUACUCGCCCAGCAUUAGUUUUACUCCAACAUAUUCCCCGUACCGCACGAAGCAGAGUUCCCGCGUAACGAUCACGUGCCUUGUGGACGCCAACCCCGCCUACGAAUCGCUCACCUGGUACAAAAACAAUAUCGCUCAAUCAGUGCAGUCUACGACGCUAACAUUCCCGUCUGUGAAGAAAGAAGACCAGGGAACAUACACGUGCAAAGCAGCAAACCGUGUGUCGGGACAACGAUAUGAGGUCAACGCUUCGGUUGUGCUAGACGUGUUGUAUCCCCCAGUGGUAACAGCGCCAAGUUCCGUCAUCAAGGACAUAUCCGAGCAAGUGAAUCUCUCAUGCGCAGUCAUUUCAAACCCUCCACCCAUGGAAGUUCGAUGGGACAAAAUCGGCGAGUCGAUCUCGUACAACGGUCCAAACUUUGUGUUCUCUGCAAGCAAGACCUUUGCAGGGAAUUAUUCAUGCACAGCAAGGAAUCGACUGGAACCGUCCGAUGGAUCUGCAGAAGACGUUUUGACAAAAGGCUACACUACACUCUGGAUAAGAUACCAACCCAGUGGUGCCACUAUACAACCAAUAGCAGCUGUCAAUGAGGGUCAGUCCUUAACCUUGACCUGUAGCCUGAGCGAGCCCGGGUAUCCUGCGCCAGAAUUCCGGUGGUGGCGGGCGGAAACCCCGGGUAGUGUCAUCCAUACGUCACCGAAUCCGACCUUUAUGAUAAGUCAAACGCGACUGGCUGACAACGGGAACUACACAUGUCAGGCGAGCAAUGAGAUUGGCGUUGGGGCACCAAGCACGGUCACUGUGGAAGUUAACGCUGCUCCAGUGUUUGUUGGAUCCAUGCCGUCUGAUGGUUCGUUGACAGUUCCCAUCACUCAGUCAAACGUCGUGUUGGAGCAUCGAAUUGAGGGCCGGCCAAAACCUGUCGUGACGUGGUUUAAAGAUUCCGUGCCGAUUUCUUCGUUGACCAAUCUGUAUACUGAAAUCACUGAGAGCUCUUACAGUCAGUUUAAAUACACUGUCACUACCAGAAUCAGAUUCAUUGGAUCGGAUCGUGACCAGAACCGGCUACAGAGUGACGACAUUGGUAACUACACUUGCGUGGUGUCGUCUGCAGCAACGCCCCAGCCAAAGUCGCAGAACAUACGUCUCUCUGUUGAAUUCGAGCCGUUAAUCAAAUCCAGUGCGAGAGUUGCGGCUCAACUUGGGGAGAAGACAACCCUGACCUGUAUCGCAAAUGCAAAUCCACCACCAACUUUCUUCUGGAGCCAAAAUGGACAGGUGCUUGCCAACACGUCUGGGAGAUUUCAAAGGCAGGAGUUGACGGGGGUUAUUGCCCAGUACAGAGGCAUCUUAGAAAUACAGUCUGUGACCGCUGGGGAUUUCGGCCAGUACGACUGUCAGGUCACAAACAACAAGGGGCAGACCUCUGCGUCCGUUCAACUCUCAAGGAAAUCAACUCCCGAACAGCCAUCCGACGUCAUCUCGCUCGAGCGAACCUGGGAAUCAGUCCAACUCCAGUGGACCCCUGGAUUUAAUGGAGGCUUUGUUCAGGCAUUCUUCAUUAUGUUGCAAAGUGUCUAUGGAAACAAAACUGUGGAGGUGUACCCACAAAAUGUGACCAAGUUUAACAUUACGAGGUUAAUGCCACAGACCUCUUAUACUUUCUCAGUGUAUGGAAACAACGUAUUGGGCAAGGGAGCCUACUCAGUACCAUUUACUGCUCAGACUGAAGUUUUGGUCUUCCCUGCACUCAACAAAGUCCCAGAGUUCAAAGUGGAAGAUAAGAAAUUGUUGGUGCCUAACGACUUAAACCAAUCAUACUGCCUGCGCGUAGAAGUCAGCAACGACAAUAGGAGAACGUGGACUGUCAUCGAGCCUUGCAUAGCGGCUGAGGCAGGGGAGAUCUCUCUCGAUCGUCCGGGCGCCACUGACGUUAACGUUUCCAUUUGCCUUGUUUACCGUCCGGAUGUGUGCGGGGAACCAGUUUCCAGUAAGAUUAACGAGGCAAGCACCCCUGACCUGACCAAGGACCAGGUGAUCAUCAUCGGCUGUGUGUGUGCGGCCAUCUUGACCAUACUGCUGGUCAUCCUCGUAGUGAUCCUGUGUAGACGCAAACAGAAAAAUAAGAGCAACCACACGAACGACCCACACACUGCACGAACAGUUCAACAAGGUAGUAACGGUGUGCUGCCUCAUCAGAAAACGGGGAAUAACUACAACUCAGGUACGAGCUCCAAACCACUUGCCAACGGGCGCCUCGACAAUAUCUGGAAUCCCUCUUACUCGAGGACUAAUGAUUCUACUACUAACACUCAGACUAACUUUGUGUCGUAUGUAAACCUAGGGACUAUAGAUAGAUAUGCCAAUGUGUCGCCCCAAUAUUUCACUGGGCCGGGUAAUUACCCAGCGGGUGACAACUCUUACGAGUCGCCAGUCUAUGACGAUCAGUAUGAAUAUGAAAUGAAUAGGCGCAAUGCAAACCUAGGUGGCAAUUCUGACCAAUACUACAACGAAAAGCAAGCAGAUGCAUCAUUCUCCGGCUCACCACGCACGCCCACAAAGGACCCCCGACAGUUCAUAAGUCUUCCAGAGGAUCAUGUGAAAGAAGGCGGCAGUUUCGGCAGCGGAAACGAGAGCGGAUAUUCCACGCCAGACAAGAUCAAACCGAAAAAGGUUAUAUAUGAAGUUGUCGUCUGAUUUUCCCCUGCCACAUGGUGUCUCCUGCAGUUUCUCUUGCCUACAGUGUUGUGAAAUAUCGCUCCAUGCACCGGCGCCAUUUGAGCGAAUCUGUGUUACCUCCCCUGUGACUUUUGUGAACUCUUCAGUGCUUUCGCUUUCAUGGAUAAGCUAUGAUAAACUUUUGAACUGGAGCGUGUUAGUGUUCCAUGGAUAUCAAAAUGCGCUAAACUUUUGCAUGAAGUCGCUUUUUCUGUUGAGUAUUGUCAGUGUUUCUUGAAUGUUAAAUAGUGCCAAGAUUAUUCUUUUGAGGGUUUGAAACGAAAGACAUAACUUUGAAGGGGAGUAGUGUUGGGAAAAAAUAACAUUUGUGAAACCUUGUGAGUUGUUACAGACUCAGUAAACCCUCCGAGGGGAUGUCUUCCACAAACCUCAGUGAGUUCUGUGUACAAAUUGGGCUACUCACUGUUUAUGCUUCAAAUCAGGGCAUUGCAGUACAAUCAGAUCAAAACCAAAUUAUGCACAUAAAAAAUGGAACAUUCAAAAGUCUGGAUUGCCAAGGGAGCAGCAUUGAAAGACAACUUGAAAUGUGCGAGUUUUGUUUUUUCUCCGAGUUAAACUUGACAGACUUGAUAAGCUUACAAGUGGUUGUAUUUUUGUAUUCAAAUGUCUCUUUUAAGGUUAUUGAAGCUAUUUAUUGUGCGGCCUAUCAUGGACAUUAUUUACAGUAAUAUAAGAAUUUUGCAAUUAUGCAAUUAAAUAAUAUGGACAAUUGAUCUGCCAAGGUUGUACCAAAAUUCAAUACAGUAGUUUGAAGUGUUAUCGAGAUUUGUUGAGGAUGAAAAAAGAUAGCACUGUACUUUGCUAUGAUAAAAACGCAUUUGUUGUUCUUUCUGUUACUUUAAUACUCAGUCAAGUAUUGCCAACACAAGUUUGUUGCAUUCGUAUUUUAAGUAUUAUAAACUUACAAGGUUGUUUAUUGACGUAAACACCCAUGUACAAGUAUAAUGUACAUGCAAUUUUCGGUUUCCUUUUCAAAACAUGUCGAAUGUAACUCUUUAGUUGUGAUUUUCUGCAUGCUUUUCUAAAACCAGGUGUGAUACCUGUAUAAUCAAAGUGACAAUUAUCACAUGACACUGACUGUUUUGCAAAUGAUGUAUUUGCGAAACCUUUAAAAAAAAAGGUCUAUUGUAAAUAUUAAAUGUUUCCCAACGGUUGUUUUGUCACAUAAUGUACAUUAUGUUUAUUUUAUUACCGUUCAUGCAUUCAUAAUGUUAUAUAUUUUUCAUAGCACUGUAUGUACUUCAUAAGAUGUUCAAUAUUUUGUAAAAUGUGAACUUUUAUAUGAAAAUAAAAUAUAAUUUAAAGUGA